AUGCAGCAGCUUGCGGCUCGACGCUGGACUACGCUAAAACAGAUGUCUCGGAUCACCGGGCUAAGCUUCUUUUCCAGCGGCCUAAAACAGACCGUUCGCUGGAGCGCGGCAGUUUUGGCCGUUGUCCUGCCUCUACUUUGUCUGGUUGGGACCAGACUUUUGAAGAGCACCACAGCUGCUUAUUGGAAGGCACACUUUGAGUUUUCUGGCGAAGAUAUUUUCUGA